AAGGAUUAUACUUAUUUCGAUAACAUGAAUAUUCCAUUUAAAUGUCGAUAGAGACACCAUCCUAAUGGAACACGAUUUGUAUGCCUAAGUCAGUUUUCAACCAAAGUUGAAAAUACGGAACGAAUAUGGCGGAAGGAAUCUCGCUAAAGGGAAUUGAUAAUUAUGGAAAUACAAUUGACAUAUGUGGCACAAAUAGAAACAAGCAAGAUACUAAAUUGGGUACAAGUUCUGUGUAUACAGGUGGUAUCGCUGCACCGAGUAACAACGAACUGAAGGCUACACCGACAUCUGAGACUGGUCGGCAUUUUAAACGUAAUAAAUACGCAUAUCUGGUCGUCAUAUUUGCCGUUUCAAUUUUCAUAGCUUCUAUUGUAUGCGCAUGUAUAGUUCUUUUUGUAGGUAAUAGGACAACAUCAAUUCCACCUAUGGAUAAAAACACUUUGCAGUGCGUCAAUAGCACGGUAUUACGACUAAAUGCUAAGGAAAAAAUAACAGCUCGUCAUAACAAUACAAGAUUAGAAAAUACGCUACUUCAACCAGUUGGCUGUCUUCACAUCCCGCAAGGCAAGUGCACCGGCGUUUUGCCCUAUAUAACAACGUUCAUUCCAAACAAUCACGUUGAUUCCUUUAAGACAGCUGAGAAUUACUUAGAAGAAAUUAGUGGUUUUCUAGAUUGUGAUACGCAUGCUCUGUAUGUAGUAUGUUCUUGGCUAUAUCCUCCAUGCAUUACCGACACAAUUCAAGUAGUGCCUUGUAAAGCUAUCUGCGAAGGCGUGGUUAACGGUUGCCAGGAAAUCUUUAAUAUCACAGGCAUUGGAUCACAGAUUUCUUGUGAAUAUUCUCCUGCAGGUGAAACUAAUGAAAUGGUUUGUAAAAGCUGCUCAUAUAACGUCUACCUAAACGUCGGGGAAGUUUUUCAAUUCACGUCUCCAAACUAUCCUCUGGCUUUUUUUCCUAACACUUAUUGCGUAUGGCUGAUAACAUCUCCGCCGUCUACCAAAAUAAAGUUCAACAUAACCAAUGUCGAUCUCGAUUAUGGUAAUCUAAAAAUCACAUUUGGACAGAAUCCUUAUGAAUCCUUGUUUCGUUUGGGAUUUUCUGAUACGGUUGUCACGGAUGACAUCGAAUUUUUCACAUAUUUAAACUUGGCGUCUGUGAUUUUCAAAAGUCCAAACAAAGUCAACGAAAAAAAAGGAUUCACUGCUGUUGUUAGAGCUAUCGAUAUUAAAGAUGCUUUAUAUUGUGAUACACAUAAUACUCCCAAGAGUUUACACGAAGAUGAACUUUGCGAUGGCCAAGAAAAUUGCAAAGACCUUGGAGAAGAUGAGUACAUGUGUCGUAAGUGGGGUAUUGAAAAUAUUUAG